CGUUGACCUUUGAAUUUCCAUAGCCCAUAUCUUCAGCUGCAGCAGGUAUCUGUGCGUUUAGUUAGACAUACCAUCAGUUCGACUAAGAAUCUAAUCUAGCGGACACGCCUGGGAAGCCAUUAAAAUGAACAAUUCAGACAAACGCAGUGCAAAAAAAUCAAUAGGCAAUAUCGAUAGCCUUAUACAGUAUAUAAGGCUAAUGAUCACUUCGUCAGUUGCUUAUUUAACGUAAUGCUUUGAAAGCCGUGUGCCAUUUGGGACUACUACUGGAGUCUGGAUAUGAAGCUCAUAAACCAGGGAGGAGAAAAUACAUUAUAUUAAAAUAGUAACUGUGAAAUAAAUACAAUAAAGACAUAUUUGCAAAUAAAGACAUAUUUGCAAGUUUCCUGUUGGAUUUGAGAUGUUUGGCGUUACAAGAUUUGAAGGGUUGCUUCGUUCUCGGUCUUUCGCUGGGAAGCAAUAACCGGGCGCAUACUUUUAUUAAUUACAAAGGAAGGUAUUUUUUGUAAAUAUUGAUGACCUACAAACUUAUUGCAAGCUAGUAGCAAUGGUAAAGAGGGCAGCGCAGCGUCCAGACCAAGUGGUCCAUAGUCUGCGUGCUGAGCCGCAGUUUUCCCCGAAGCUGCCGUCACGCCGAUCUAGUGGAAUUAUGAGGUGAUUUCUGCCUCCGGAGAGCUCAGAAAAUGGAUCUGAACUUGUCCACGGUCCUAGACAGCGAUCUGUCGGAGAAGGACUCGUCUACUCGGGUCCUGACCGGCUGCUUCCUCUCCCUGCUCAUCCUGACCACGCUUUUGGGAAACACGCUGGUUUGCGCAGCCGUCACAAAGUUCCGCCACCUCCGCUCCAAGGUCACGAACUUCUUUGUGAUCUCUCUGGCCAUUUCGGACCUGCUGGUCGCUAUACUGGUGAUGCCGUGGAAGGCCGCCACGGAGAUUGUGGGCUUCUGGCCGUUCGGAUCCUUUUGCAACGUCUGGGUCGCGUUCGACAUCAUGUGCUCCACCGCCUCCAUCCUCAACCUGUGCGUGAUAAGCGUGGACCGGUACUGGGCUAUAUCGAGCCCCUUCCGCUACGAGAGGAAGAUGACACCGAAAGUAGCGUUUGUGAUGAUCAGCGUGGCGUGGACGCUGUCCGUCCUCAUCUCCUUCAUCCCGGUGCAGCUCAACUGGCACAAGGCGCAGGCGGCAGCCGGCUUCCCCGAGCUCAACGGAACCUUCCGGGAGCCCCCGCCUGACAACUGCGACUCCAGCCUCAACCGGACCUACGCCAUCUCAUCCUCCCUCAUCAGCUUCUACAUCCCCGUGGCCAUCAUGAUCGUCACCUACACGCGGAUUUACCGGAUCGCCCAGGUGCAGAUUAGGCGCAUCUCCGCCCUGGAGAGGGCGGCAGAGAGCGCCAAGAACCGGCACAGCAGCAUGGGCAACAGCAUGGAGUCGGAGAGCUCCUUCAAGAUGUCCUUCAAACGGGAGACCAAGGUGUUGAAGACGCUCUCGGUCAUCAUGGGGGUGUUCGUGUGCUGCUGGCUGCCCUUCUUCAUCCUGAACUGCAUGGUGCCCUUCUGCGAGCAGGGGCACCCGAGGGGGGGCGCCGACCUGCCCUGCGUCAGCUCCACCACCUUCGACGUCUUCGUCUGGUUCGGCUGGGCCAACUCCUCCCUGAACCCCAUCAUCUACGCCUUCAACGCUGACUUCCGCAAGGCCUUCUCCAUCCUGCUGGGCUGCCACCGCCUCUGCUCCAGCAGCAACGCCAUCGAGAUCGUCAGCAUCAACAACAACGGCGCCGCGGCCCACGCCUGCAACUACGAGCCCAAGGGCCACAUUCCCAAAGAGAGCAACGUCGCCUACAUGAUCCCCCACUCCAUCCUCUGCCUGGACGAGGAGCUCCAGAAGAGGGAGGAGGACCGGGCCGGGAUGAAGGCCCUGGAGAAACCGUCCCCGACCGUGUCGGGGGACUUCGACAGCGAGGCCGAGGUCUCCCUGGAGAAGAUCAACCCCACCACACAGAACGGACAGCACAAGUUAUGAACACUGUGGGGGGAAUAGGCAUCGUGCCACAGAAGAGCGGCUCUCUAUGUUGAGCUUGGUGUCGAUCCGUGCUCAUGUGCAAACGAAGGAGGAAAUAGAUCCACAAAGCGGCUUUGUGGACAGGAAGUGUGGAAUUGUGGUGUUAACUAAUUUCGCUUCACUGAGGACCUUAAAUUCUAUAUAGUAAAACUCUAAACUCUACAGAAAUCUACAGAAUGUUAAAAAAGGCACUUUAUACUGAAUAACUCUGCAAAAUGCUUUCUCCGCUUGUUAAGGAAAGUAAAACUAUAUGUUAAUGAAUUUGUGAACAAAUCAUGAAAAAAAUAUAAUGUAACUUCAAUAAACAAAAAACUAAUGUAAAGAUGUGUACACUAGCCACAUGGCAAAGACAUUAGAAGCCCAUUUGACUUGGAAUCAACAGAAAGUAGAAAAUAAGCAAACAUUUCUUGUAGGUAAGUGCUUUGUGUUGAAAUAUACAUUUUAUUGUGUAUAUUUUGACCAAACAUUAGGUGAAUUGGUGUUGAAUGUUUUGCUUUAAGGUGCAGUCUGUACUUUAUUUUGUAUUUAUUUAUAAUAUAAUUGUACUACAGCAAAUUAUGUUGACUGUUAUUGAUAGUUCUGCUGAUGAUACAAAAUACACUAAAUAUGAGUUUGACCACACAAUUAAUGUAGUCAAACAGCAUCCAUUUUCAAC